UGUUGACACUGCUCAGCGCCUGUGCUGGCAAACCACGGGGGCCUGCAGCUUCCUCCACACUGAUUCAGCGAGCUCCUUGCAGCUAGGGCGGGCGAGCCUGACUGUGGCCAAGGAGAGGUGAAGCAGGAGCGGGGACCGUCCAGCCGCCACCAUGGUUGCCCUAUCGCUGAAGAUCAGCAUUGGCAAUGUGGUGAAGACCAUGCAGUUUGAACCCUCCACCAUGGUGUACGACGCCUGUCGGAUCAUCCGGGAGCGCGUGCCUGAGGCACAAAUGGGGCAGCCCAGUGAUUUUGGGCUGUUCCUUUCGGAUGAGGACCCGAAGAAGGGGAUUUGGCUGGAAGCUGGGAAGGCUCUGGACUACUACAUGCUCCGCAAUGGGGACACCAUGGAGUACAAGAAGAAGCAACGGCCGCUCAAGAUUCGCAUGCUGGAUGGGACGGUUAAAACAGUCAUGGUGGACGACUCCAAAACGGUCACAGACAUACUCAUGACAAUCUGUGCCCGGAUUGGCAUCACCAAUCACGACGAGUACUCACUGGUGCGGGAGAUGAUGGAGGAGAAGAAGGAGGAGAUCACCGGCACCCUCAAGAAGGACAAGACCUUGCUGCGGGAUGAGAAGAAGAUGGAGAAACUCAAGCAGAAGUUGCACACGGACGAUGAGUUGAACUGGCUGGAUCACGGGCGAACGCUGCGCGAGCAAGGCAUCGACGACAGCGAGACGCUGCUGCUGCGACGCAAGUUCUUCUACUCCGACCAGAACGUGGACUCCAGGGACCCUGUGCAGCUCAACCUGCUCUACGUGCAGGCUCGUGACGACAUCCUGAAUGGCUCCCACCCUGUCUCCUUCGACAAGGCCUGCGAGUUUGCUGGGUUCCAGUGUCAGAUCCAGUUUGGACCCCACAAUGAGCAGAAGCACAAGCCGGGCUUUCUGGACCUGAAGGACUUCCUGCCCAAGGAGUACAUCAAGCAGAAAGGCGAGCGCAAGAUCUUCAUGGCUCACAAGAACUGCAGCAACAUGAGCGAGAUUGAGGCCAAAGUUCGCUACGUGAAACUCGCCCGCUCCCUGAAAACCUAUGGAGUCUCCUUCUUCCUGGUCAAGGAGAAGAUGAAGGGAAAGAACAAGCUGGUGCCGCGGCUGCUGGGGAUCACCAAAGAGUGUGUGAUGCGUGUGGACGAGAAAACCAAGGAGGUGAUUCAGGAGUGGAACCUCACCAACAUCAAACGCUGGGCUGCGUCGCCCAAGAGCUUCACCCUGGAUUUCGGGGAUUACCAGGACGGGUACUACUCAGUGCAGACGACGGAGGGGGAGCAGAUCGCCCAGCUUAUCGCUGGCUACAUUGACAUCAUCCUGAAAAAGAAAAAGAGCAAAGACCACUUUGGGCUGGAGGGGGAUGAAGAGUCCACCAUGCUGGAAGACUCUGUGUCCCCAAAGAAGUCGACUGUUCUGCAGCAGCAGUUUAACCGCGUGGGCAAGGUGGAGCACGGCUCAGUAGCCCUGCCAGCCAUCAUGCGCUCCGGGGCCGGCGGGCCAGAGAACUUCCAGGUUGGCACAAUGCCACAGGCGCAGCAGCAGAUCACCAGUGGCCAGAUGCACCGAGGGCACAUGCCCCCCCUGACCUCAGCCCAGCAGGCCCUGACUGGCACCAUCAACUCCAGCAUGCAGGCCGUGCACGCGGCGCAGGCCACCCUGGACGACUUUGAGACGCUGCCGCCCCUUGGGCAGGACGCCGCUUCCAAAGCCUGGCGCAAGAACAAGAUGGACGAGUCGAAGCACGAGAUCCAUUCGCAGGUGGACGCCAUCACUGCCGGCACUGCCUCCGUGGUGAACCUGACUGCAGGGGACCCAGCCGACACGGAUUACACGGCCGUGGGCUGCGCCGUCACCACCAUCUCCUCCAACCUGACCGAGAUGUCCAAGGGCGUGAAGCUGCUGGCCGCGCUCAUGGAGGAUGAAGGGGGGAAUGGGCGACAGCUCCUGCAGGCUGCCAAGAACCUGGCGAGCGCCGUCUCAGACCUGCUGAAAACGGCACAGCCAGCCAGUGUCGAGCCGCGACAGAACCUGCUGCAGGCGGCCGGCUCCGUGGGCCAGACAAGCGGGGAGCUGCUGCAGCAGAUUGGAGAGAGCGACACGGAUCCUCGGUUCCAGGACAUGCUCAUGCAGCUGGCUAAGGCAGUGGCCAGCGCAGCCGCUGCGCUGGUCCUGAAAGCCAAGAAUGUGGCCCAGAAGACAGAGGACUCGGCGCUGCAAACCCAGGUGAUCGCGGCUGCCACGCAGUGCGCCCUCUCCACCUCCCAGCUGGUGGCCUGCACCAAGGUGGUGGCUCCCACGAUCAGCUCCCCUGUGUGCCAGGAGCAGCUGGUUGAGGCUGGCAAGCUGGUGGCGAAGUCGGCGGAAGGCUGCGUGGAGGCCUCCCAGGCAGCCACCAAUGACGACCAGCUGCUGAAGCAGGUGGGGGUGGCAGCCACAGCAGUGACGCAGGCCCUGAACGACCUGCUGCAGCACAUCAAACAGCACGCCACCGGCGGGCAGCCCAUCGGGCGCUACGACCAGGCCACUGACACCAUCCUCAACGUCACCGAGAAUAUCUUCAGCUCCAUGGGCGACGCGGGGGAAAUGGUGCGCCAGGCUCGUAUUCUGGCUCAGGCAACCUCUGACCUCGUAAAUGCCAUCAAAGCUGACGCCGAGGGGGAGACGGACCUGGAGAACUCGCGCAAGCUGCUAAGUGCCGCCAAGAUGCUGGCCGACGCCACAGCCAAGAUGGUGGAGGCAGCGAAGGGGGCUGCAGCCCACCCAGACAGCGAGGAGCAGCAGCAGCGGCUCCGGGAAGCGGCUGAGGGGCUCCGCAUAGCGACCAAUGCCGCAGCUCAGAAUGCCAUCAAGAAAAAGCUUGUGCACAAGUUGGAGCACACAGCCAAGCAGGCUGCAGCCUCUGCCACGCAGACCAUCGCCGCCGCGCAGCAUGCCGCCGCCUCCAACAAGAACCCAGCUGCGCAGCAGCAGCUGGUGCAGAGCUGCAAGGUGGUGGCGGAUCAGAUCCCGAUGCUGGUACAGGGCGUGCGAGGAAGCCAGUCCCAGCCAGAUAGCCCCAGCGCUCAGCUCGCGCUCAUCUCGGCCAGCCAGAACUUCCUGCAGCCUGGUGGGAAGAUGGUUGCUGCAGCCAAAGCCACUGUCCCCACCAUCACGGACCAGGCCUCUGCCAUGCAGCUCAGCCAGUGUGCCAAGAAUCUGGCCGCAGCCCUGGCCGAGCUCCGGACAGCUGCCCAGAAGGCUCAGGAGACCUGUGGGCCCCUGGAGAUAGACACGGCGCUCAGCAUGGUGCAGAGCUUGGAACGAGACCUGCAGGAAGCCAAGGCUGCUGCCAGAGACGGAAAGCUCAAGCCCCUGCCAGGGGAGACGAUGGAGAAGUGCGCCCAGGACCUGGGGAACAGCACAAAGGCCGUCAGUUCCGCCAUCGCCCAGCUGCUGGGGGAGGUGGCCCAGGGCAACGAGAACUAUACAGGGAUCGCUGCCCGGGAUGUGGCCCAGGCCCUGCGCUCGCUCAGCCAGGCUGCCCGCGGCGUCGCAGCCAACACGUCCGACCCCCAAGUGCAGAGUGCCAUGCUGGAGUGCGCUGGCGACGUCAUGGAUAAAGCCGGAAACCUCAUCGAGGAGGCGCGCAAGGGCGUGGGCAAGCCGGGCGACCCUGAGAGCCAGCAGCGCCUGGCCCAGGUGGCCAAGGCCGUGUCUCAGGCCCUGAACCGCUGCGUGAACUGCCUCCCAGGUCAGCGGGACGUGGACGCCGCCAUUCGCACCGUGAGCGAGGCCAGCAAGAAGCUGCUGGCCGAGUCGCUCCCACCCAGCACCAAGAGCUUCCAGGAGGCACAGAGCCAGCUGAACCAGGCAGCAGCUGGGCUGAACCAGUCUGCCAACGAGUUGGUGCAGGCCUCCCGGGGCACCCCCCAGGACCUGGCCAGGUCCUCCGGCAAAUUCGGGCAGGACUUCAAUGAGUUCCUGGAGGCCGGCGUGGAGAUGGCUGGCCAGUCCCCGAAUAAGGAGGACCAAGCACAGGUGGUGUCGAACUUGAAGAGCAUCUCUAUGUCCUCCAGCAAGCUGCUCCUGGCGGCUAAGGCGCUCUCCGCAGACCCCACUGCCCCCAACCUCAAGAACCAGCUGGCGGCCGCUGCACGAGCUGUGACCGACAGCAUUAACCAGCUGAUCACAAUGUGCACCCAGCAGGCUCCGGGCCAGAAGGAGUGUGACAACGCCUUGCGGGAGCUGGAGACGGUGCGGGAGCUGCUGGAGAACCCCACCCAGGCUGUCAACGACAUGUCCUACUUCAACUGCCUGGACAGCGUCAUGGAGAACUCCAAGGUCCUGGGCGAAGCCAUGGCUGGAAUUUCCCAGCAUGCCAAGAACAGCAAACUGUCCGAGUUCGGGGAGUCAGUCAGCACAGCCUCCAAGGCGCUCUGUGGGUUCACAGAGGCCGCUGCUCAGGCUGCCUAUCUGGUGGCUGUUUCGGACCCGAACAGCCAGGCUGGACAGCAGGGCCUAGUGGACCCCACCCAGUUUGCCAGAGCCAACCAAGCGAUCCAGAUGGCCUGCCAGAACCUGGUGGACCCGGCCUGCACGCAGUCCCAGGUGCUGUCGGCCGCCACCAUCGUAGCCAAGCACACCUCGGCCCUGUGCAACACCUGCCGCCUGGCCUCCUCUCGCACCGCGAACCCCGUCGCCAAGCGCCAGUUCGUCCAGUCCGCCAAGGAGGUGGCCAACAGCACGGCCAACCUGGUCAAGACCAUCAAGGCGCUGGACGGAGCCUUUAACGAGGACAACCGGGAGCGAUGCCGGGCAGCCACCGCCCCCCUCAUUGAGGCCGUGGAUAACCUGACGGCCUUCGCCUCCAACCCGGAGUUCGCCACCAUCCCAGCCCAGAUCAGCCCUGAGGGGCGCAGAGCCAUGGAGCCCAUCGUCACCUCUGCCAAGACCAUGCUGGAGAGCUCGGCAGGCCUCAUCCAGACGGCCCGCUCUCUGGCUGUCAACCCCAAGGACCCGCCCAAGUGGUCGGUGCUGGCUGGUCACUCCCGCACCGUCUCCGAUUCCAUCAAGAAGCUGAUCACCAACAUGCGGGAUAAGGCUCCUGGGCAGCGGGAGUGCGACGAGGCCAUCGAGGUGCUGAACAAGUGCAUGCGGGAUGUGGACCAGGCCUCCCUGGCUGCCAUCAGCCAGCAGCUGGCCCCCCGAGAGGGCAUCUCCCAGGAGGCUUUGCACAACCAGAUGAUCACUGCUGUUCAGGAGAUCAGCAAUCUGAUAGAGCCUGUGGCCAGCGCCGCCAGGGCGGAGGCCUCGCAGCUGGGACACAAGGUGUCCCAGAUGGCUCAGUACUUCGAGCCGCUCAUUCUGGCCGCUGUCGGUGCUGCCUCCAAGACACUCAACCACCAGCAGCAGAUGAACCUCCUGGACCAGACCAAGACGCUGUCUGAGUCUGCCCUGCAGAUGCUGUACACGGCCAAGGAGGCCGGCUGGGAACCCCAAGCCGCACACACGCAGGAGGCACUGGAGGAGGCUGUGCAGAUGAUGAAGGAAGCUGUGGAGGACCUGACCACCACUCUCAAUGAGGCUGCCAGCGCUGCCGGGGUCGUCGGGGGCAUGGUGGACUCCAUCACCCAGGCCAUAAACCAGCUGGAUGAGGGACCCAUGGGGGAGCCGGAGGGGACUUUUGUGGAUUACCAGACCACCAUGGUCAAGACAGCCAAGGCCAUUGCAGUGACGGUACAGGAGAUGGUCACCAAAUCCACCACCAACCCGGACGAGCUGGGCACGCUGGCCAACCAGCUCACCAGCGACUACGGGCAGCUGGCUCACCAAGCCAAGCCUGCUGCCAUCACCGCCGAGAACGACGAGGGUCUCAGGGUCAUCCCAGCCUCCUCCCCACAGGUGUCCCACGUGUUGGCAGCCCUGCAGGCCGGGAACCGCGGGACCCAGGCCUGCAUCACUGCAGCCAGCGCCGUCUCUGGGAUCAUCGCCGACCUCGACACCACCAUCAUGUUCGCCACUGCGGGGACACUGAACCGGGAGAAUGCCGAGACCUUCGCCGACCACCGGGAGGGCAUCCUGAAGACAGCCAAGGCGCUGGUGGAGGACACCAAAGUGUUGGUGCAGAACGCCACUGCCAGCCAGGAGAAGCUGGCCCAGGCUGCCCAGUCUUCCGUGGCCACCAUCACCCGCCUCGCAGAAGUGGUGAAGCUGGGCGCUGCCAGCCUGGGCUCCGAGGACCCUGAGACUCAGGUCAGAUGGGGCUGGGAUCUGGGACCACACGGCGUUUGGGCUGGGGUGGGCCUGGCCUUUGGUGCCCCGGCACACUCAGCUUGCUCCCUUCUCAACCUGCCCCCUCCCUGUCCGUCACUGCGGGGCACCAGCCAAGUGAUGGGCAGGGCUGUGUGGCCGGUGCUGCCUGUGGAGCAGGGCUCAGCAAUGCUCACUCUUUCCGGCUUUCAGGAGGCCGCCUACCACCCUGAGGUGAACGCGGACGUGCGGCUGCGGGCGCUGCGCUACGGGAAGGAGUGUGCCAACGGGUACCUGGAGCUGCUGGAGCACGUGCUGGUGAUUCUGCAGAAGCCAAGUCACGAGCUGAAGCAGCAGCUGGCUGGCUAUUCCAAGCGGGUGGCUGGCUCCGUCACCGAGCUCAUCCAGGCUGCCGAAGCCAUGAAAGGGACCGAGUGGGUCGACCCAGAGGAUCCCACCGUCAUUGCUGAGAAUGAGCUGCUGGGAGCAGCAGCUGCCAUUGAAGCUGCAGCCAAGAAACUGGAGCAGCUGAAGCCGAGGGCCAAACCCAAGCAGGCGGACGAGAGUCUCAACUUUGAGGAGCAAAUCUUGGAGGCUGCGAAAUCCAUCGCUGCUGCAACCAGUGCCCUGGUGAAGGCAGCCUCAGCGGCCCAGAGAGAGCUGGUGGCUCAAGGAAAGGUGGGUGCCAUCCCCGCCAAUGCAGUGGACGACGGCCAGUGGUCCCAGGGGCUCAUUUCAGCCGCCCGCAUGGUGGCUGCUGCCACCAACAACCUGUGUGAGGCUGCGAACGCAGCAGUGCAGGGCCACGCCAGCGAGGAGAAACUCAUCUCCUCCGCCAAGCAGGUGGCCGCCUCCACAGCGCAGCUCCUGGUGGCCUGUAAGGUGAAGGCUGACCAGGACUCUGAGGCCAUGAAGCGACUGCAGGCCGCUGGCAACGCUGUGAAGAGGGCAUCCGACCAUCUGGUGAAGGCAGCCCAGAAAGCAGCCGCCUUCCAGGACCAGGAGAAUGAGACGGUGGUGGUGAAGGAGAAAAUGGUCGGGGGAAUCGCACAGAUCAUUGCAGCGCAGGAGGAGAUGCUGCGGAAGGAGCGGGAGCUGGAGGAGGCCCGGAAGAAGCUGGCUAUGAUCCGGCAGCAGCAGUACAAGUUCCUGCCCUCGGAGCUGCGGGACGAGGGGCAGAACUGAGGGGAGCGUGGCCAUGAGCUGAGCCUGCCCCCCCCCAUCUCACCACAGAGACUGCUGCCGCCGCCGCCUAUUUAAGACAGGCCUGCCCUGAGCAGGGAUUGCCUGGAUCACCCAGACUCGCCUGCUGCCCAGCGCACUGGGGACUAACCUGACACUGCCCACCGCUGCCCCCAGCGGGUGCUGCACCAGCAACUCUCUGCUUCACCGCGCAGCCAGCGCGCCACGGGCACACGCUUCUCCACUCUGCUUGGGCACGGCCACAGCGCCGGGUGCUCCGCGGGGUACGAGGAGGCUGGAGCUCUGCAGGCCUGGGCUGGGGCUCACCUAUGCAGCUGCCUCGAGCCCCAUGGACCUGGGGCUGCCCCACCCCCCAAGCUCCCCCUCCCCCCACACACCUUUCAGGCGUUUUCCUUUGUGCCUUUGUGGGUUCCACGUCUCUGGGCGUCGAGCUUGGAGGCGGGUUCUCACCCGGCUCCGCCCCGGGGCCAGUCGUGCAAUGGGGGGGACAGAAACUGCUUCCCUGGUGACUCUUGCACCAACCCACCCUCACCUCUGAUGCCUUAUUGCUGGCUGCGCCUUCCCUGUCGCCCAGUGCCUCUGCUCCAGGGUGCGAGGGGUUAAUCUCUAGGUUUACCCCCCUGCCCCAUUGUGCCUCCUACCUGCAGGGACCUGCCUGCCCCUGGAGCAGCCCCCAGCCAGCGCCCCCUGCUGCUCCUCGUUCCCAAGUGCCUGCGUCGUGCGUCCAAGAGCUCCAGUAUUUUUGUAGUGUUGAAUUUCUGAAGUAUUGAACUCGCCUGCUCCCCCAGCCACUAACCCCCCUUCCCCGGCAUCUCCUGCCCUGGGCCUUGGAGCCCUACAUCCCCCACCCCUCCUCCGCUCUGGGAUCCUGCACCCCCCCUGCACUCGCUGAGGCUUCUCACCUCUUAUUUUGAUACUCUGAGCUUCCACUGUUAAACGUGAAGGGAAAGCGGCUGCCCUGCCACUCCCGGGGUGGGGAACGGGACGGCUCCUUACAAAGGAUUCUUCAUCAAUAAAACCGGCUUUCCUGCUU